UUCCUCAUUCGGCGCGAUGUGUGUAAAGCCGUAUAAACAUGGGAAACCCCAAGAAUAUCCAUUUACGGAAUUGGAAGUUUGCCAUGUUCAUAUAAAAAGGCAGGCGUACCCAUAACUCGGCAUUAAGCAGCGAGGACUCCAAAGAAAGCUCUCAACGGUGAUUGUUCCGUGUGCUGUGUUGUUGUUCACGCCCAAACUUCGAGAAUGACGCACUUUGUGGCCAUGUUCCUUGCCACCGCCCUUGCUAUCCUUCAUAGCACAGUCGCCUUGCCUCCUGACUACGACUCGUCGGUUCUGCGCAUGUCGCAAACCAACCAAGUCAAAAGCGACGAGGUAGCAUGGUCGCACCUGUCAGAAGGCCGGUCGUUGGUGGGUGCUCCUCCAUGCUCGUGCAAGGCAAGGAGUGCGGAUGCUGUCAACCAGUCAAGAUUUCCGAGCUAGGAAUCGACACAAACGCUUGUGCCAAUGUGACUUUCCUCUCUGAGCAAAUCGGCGCCAAGUUGUCCCUCUCCUUCGGCGGGAAAGUCCUCUUCGAGAAAACUGUGUCAGUUAAAAAUCCCGACCCGGUCUGCGUGAAAUUCCAUGGGAAGUUUGGCGCGGAGAUCUGCGGCGAGUUGUACAAGUUGUCGGUAUCAACGGAAGAAUUCGACGCAUGCGCCCGACUGGAAGGCAAGAUCCUGGACAAGACAGUGGCCACGGUCGACUUGGGCUGCUUCAAGAUGCCCUUCAAAAAGACCAAUCAAGACCAAGUCAAAAGCGACGAGGUAGCAUGGUCGCACCUGUCAGAAGGCCGGUCGUUGGUGGGUGCUCCUCCAUGCUCGUGUCAAGGCAAGGAGUGCGGAUGCUGUCAACCAGUCAAGAUUCCCGAGCUAGGAAUCGACACAAACGCUUGUGCCAAUGUGACUUUCCUCUCUGAGCAAAUCGGCGCCAAGUUGUCCCUCUCCUUCGGCGGGAAAGUCCUCUUCGAAAAAACUGUGUCAGUUAAAAAUCCCGACCCGGUCUGCGUGAAAUUCCAUGGGAAGUUUGGCGCGGAGAUCUGCGGCGAGUUGUACAAGUUGUCGGUAUCAACGGAAGAAUUCGACGCAUGCGCCCGACUGGAAGGCAAGAUCCUGGACAAGACAGUGGCCACGGUCGACUUGGGCUGCUUCAAGAUGCCCUUCAAAAAGACCAAUCAAGACCAAGUCAAAGGCAAAGAAGUAGCAUGGUCGCACCUGUCAGAAGGCCGGUCGUUGGUGGGUGCUCCUCCAUGCUCGUGUCAAGGCAAGGAGUGCGGAUGCUGUCAACCAGUCAAGAUUCCCAAGCUAGGAAUCGACACAAACGCUUGUGCCAAUGUGACUUUCCUCUCUGAGCAAAUCGGCGCCAAGUUGUCCCUCUCCUUCGGCGGGAAAGUCCUCUUCGAGAAAACUGUGUCAGUUAAAAAUCCCGAUCCGGUCUGCGUGAAAUUCCAUGGGAAGUUUGGCGCGGAGAUCUGCGGCGAGUUGUACAAGUUGUCGGUAUCAACGGAAGAAUUCGACGCAUGCGCCCGACUGGAAGGCAAGAUCCUGGACAAGACAGUGGCCACGGUCGACUUGGGCUGCUUCAAGAUGCCCUUCAAAAAGACCAAUCAAGACCAAGUCAAAAGCAAAGAAGUAGCAUGGUCGCACCUGUCAGAAGGCCGGUCGUUGGUGGGUGCUCCUCCAUGCUCGUGUCAAGGCAAGGAGUGCGGAUGCUGUCAACCAGUCAAGAUUCCCGAGCUAGGAAUUGACACAAACGCUUGUGCCAAUGUGACUUUCCUCUCUGAGCAAAUCGGCGCCAAGUUGUCCCUCUCCUUCGGCGGGAAAGUCCUCUUCGAGAAAACUGUGUCAGUUAAAAAUCCCGACCCGGUCUGCGUGAAAUUCCAUGGGAAGUUUGGCGCGGAGAUCUGUGGCGAGUUGUACAAGUUGUCGGUAUCAACGGAAGAAUUCGACGCAUGCGCCCGACUGGAAGGCAAGAUCCUGGACAAGACAGUGGCCACGGUCGACUUGGGCUGCUUCAAGAUGCCCUUCAAAAAGACCAAUCAAGACCAAGUCAAAAGCAAAGAAGUAGCAUGGUCGCACCUGUCAGAAGGCCGGUCGUUGGUGGGUGCUCCUCCAUGCUCGUGUCAAGGCAAGGAGUGCGGAUGCUGUCAACCAGUCAAGAUUCCCGAGCUAGGAAUUGACACAAACGCUUGUGCCAAUGUGACUUUCCUCUCUGAGCAAAUCGGCGCCAAGUUGUCCCUCUCCUUCGGCGGGAAAGUCCUCUUCGAGAAAACUGUGUCAGUUAAAAAUCCCGAUCCGGUCUGCGUGAAAUUCCAUGGGAAGUUUGGCGCGGAGAUCUGCGGCGAGUUGUACAAGUUGUCGGUAUCACCUGAAGAAUUCGACGCAUGCGCCCGGCUGGAAGGCAAGAUCCUGGACAAGACAGUGGCCACGGUCGACUUGGGCUGCUUCAAGAUGCCCUUCAAAAAGACCAAUCAAGAGUCUCUACUGGAAUCCCAAGGCAUAUCUGAAUGGUUGGACCUGGCACCUAGCGGAGGUGUGAAUGGCCCCUGCGCCUGUUCUCAGGAUCAAUGCGAAUGCUGUCAACACAUCAAAAUUAAGGAACUCAAGAUCGAUGACACAGUUUGCAUCCAAGUCCAGUUCUUGUCCACCGCUGUCGGCGUGUCUCUGACCCUUACCAUCGAUGGGAAAGUCAUCUUCAGGAAGACUCUGUCACUAAAAGACCCACCCCCAAUCUGCGUUUCUCUGGCCGGCGGCAAGUUGUGCAUCGCCCUCUACGACUUGGCCGUGACUCCAGAAGCCGUCAGCGGCUGCGGCCGCCUGGAGGCCAAAUUCUUCGGUGUUACCGUGGCUAAAGUGAAGCUGGGCUGCUUCAAGAUCCCCCUGCACCAAGCCCUCUAUGCCCGUACUCCAGAGGGUCUGCUUUACCUUGGCGAUGUGACUGAGACGCUGACUGGACCGCUGAUGAUGGGCGGGGAGCUCUCUGCGGAGAACUUUCCCUUGACUAUUGUGCUGGAGUCCUACUCGUCUGGUCGCGAUGAAGAGAAAUAAGGAAUGAAUCGGACUGACAAAAUAAAUAUCUUAGUGAAUUAUUUCAUUGUUAUCCCAGAUGAAUUAUUUUGACACUUUUAAAAGGCUUGGAAAAUUAUGUCAUACUUAAUUUUAAUUAGUGUGCCAUACGCCUUACAGGCUAGUAUGUGUGAACUUGUUCUCGCAUAAUGAGUAGUGUUUGAUUGCCAAGUUGCGGCCUUGUUUCUUUAUAAUUAUGCCAAAAGUCAGAGUACUGAAAGCAAUUAUCCUGCGCCGACCAUUUUUUUUUUUUGAGUUCUUUCAAUUGUCAUAAGUUUAUCCAUGCAGGUUUAGGCUAAAUCUGAGUAUGGUUAUGAUCGUGAAUGAACGGGAGUCAAAGGCGAUGUCCCCCCCCCCCCCCAAACAAAAAAAAUUAUCCCAGUGCCUAUAGAUUUUAACAAAAAUGCAGGCCUACACAAAUUUGCACUGUUGUUAUAAUUGUGUUAUAGCUCUAUAAGAUAUGGCUUGCUGCUACUUAACAGUAGGCCUAUACUGAGGGUAAACAAACGCGUAUAGUAAAUGCAUGGGGAAAAUGCAUGGCCAACAUUUUGAACUGCGCCCCCUAUAGAGCCAGCUGCAAAUAUUGUAUAUGCAGGCUAGUAAAGCCAGUGACCGUAAUACGCAUGUGUGAAACAAAUUACGAGAAUUAAUCAAUCAUUUUAUGUCACAUGAUGACUUAAAAUAACUUCUUAAUAGUAUAUAUUCCACGGCAGAUAGCGUGGCUAUGGUAAUCCGGUGGUCCAAAUGCGGCAGGUUGCGGGUUGGAAUCCUAAAGGGAGGUUAAGUCUGAGAACUUUCCGUUACUGACGCAAGCGCGUUACGACCAUUGACUCAUACUUUGUCGCCGAAACCGUAAUACCUUAUCAACAAGGAAGCCAUUUUUGAUCGUGUUCCCUGAAUCUAUUUUAUAAACUGUUGAGUGGGAUGAUGCUGGACUUGAUUCAUUUUUUUCUGUGAUCCCUUUGGUCAGGAGAGUCCCUCGACAGAGACUUUGUCUCUUUUGGGCGAUCCUUUGGGAGCUGUUAGGUAUUUUUGUUUUCUGUUGUUGUCCUUUAAUUUGUAUGUUUUGGUUUUUACUGUUUAUUCCGAGAAAUAAAGUAAAUGCGCAUUCCAGGGCUCACUUUAAUUUUUUUUAAUGACAGUGUGGCUUAAAACAUUAAGGUAUGUUUACUCGCAAAUUUUAAAUUAUUCAUCAGAGAGGACUGUUUUUAAUUUGUAAUGAACUGUUAUUUUAUUACUUUAAGUUCCACCCGCAAGUUCCAAAAAUGAAGAGUUUACCUCGCUUGCAAUUGAAUAUGGCCGACUCGUGGAUACAGUCUAUUGCUUUUCGAAUUUCCCAAGUUGCCUGUCCCUGUUCCCAAUCCAAUUCUAUGUUAACAAGAAAUUGCCGCUCCUGAUGAAGACCACUGUGCUUAUUACUUACAGUAAAUAUGUUAGAUAUACCAACAUUGUUCUUCGCCUUGAAUGAAGUAAUUAUCUUUAAUGUGACAAUUUUGUUUCGAAAAAAAAUAAUUUAAAUGAUUUUCAAAAAUAAACAAAGAUGUUUAGACUUCUUCAACUGGAACAGAGGAAGAAGUGAACUUAACUGAAGAACGCAUUUACUUUAGUGAAGAAAGCUUACAGUGUAUAAUGGAGGCAGCUACAUGUAGCUAUAUUACAGAUUUAUAUUUGGCUUUUCGCUUGACUGUAGCCUAACUAGCUAAAAUGUGAAUGGAUUACAUAAUUUUCUCCAUAUUAUAUAGCCGGAUUUAUCUAAUUAAUUUCUGAAAUUUAGUCUCCCGUAGGAUCUUUUCUCAACAAAGAAGCACGUGAUAAACUCAACUGUAAGGAAAAAUAAAACAUUGAAUAUAAAUAAACUUGAUGUAACCAGAAUCAAUAGCUCUGUAUCAAUAUAAAGAUGCUUAGAAUUAAAUGCUUUGAAAAAGACUCGGCUUGCACCGUUCUGCAAAGAAA